CGGAGCCUGCGGCGGGCGGCGGUGUCCUUGCACUGCAGCUCGGGUCGCGGUUUUAUUCCGGGCGGUCAGCGCUGCGCGGCGUCUGGAGUUCUGAGAGGCCUGCGGGUGGCGUCACCAUGUUGUGCCGGGCGGCGUGCAGUACGAGCCGGAAGCUGGUGCCAGCUUUGGGGUCUCUGGGCUCCAGGCAGAAGCACAGCCUCCCCGACUUGCCGUACGACUAUGGCGCCCUGGAGCCUCACAUCAAUGCCCAGAUCAUGCAGCUGCACCACAGCAAGCACCACGCGGCCUAUGUGAACAACCUGAAUGCCACCGAGGAGAAGUACGGGGAGGCGCUGGAGAAGGGUGAUGUUACAACUCAGAUAGCACUUCAGCCUGCACUAAAGUUCAAUGGUGGAGGCCAUCUCAAUCAUAGCAUUUUCUGGACAAACCUGAGCCCUAAUGGCGGUGGAGAACCCAAAGGGGAAUUGCUGGAAGCCAUCAAACGUGACUUUGGCUCCUUUGCCAAAUUGAAGGAGAAGCUGACCACUGUAUCUGCUGGUGUUCAAGGCUCAGGUUGGGGCUGGCUUGGUUUCAAUAAGGAGCAGGGACGCUUACAGAUUGCUGCUUGUCCUAACCAGGAUCCCCUGCAGGGCACAACAGGUCUUAUUCCACUGCUGGGAAUCGAUGUGUGGGAGCACGCUUAUUACCUGCAGUAUAAAAAUGUCAGACCUGAUUAUCUAAAAGCUAUUUGGAAUGUAGUCAACUGGGAGAAUGUAGCUGAAAGAUACAUGGCUUGCAAAAAGUAACACGUGAGCUUUGCACGGAGCACAUAAAGCUCUUUGUGACUACCUUUGUAGUAGUGCAGAGUACCGCCACAUACCCGAAAGCUGCUCUGUUGUAGUUCUGAGUGUAGCGUAUUCAAUAUUUGAUGCACAUAAUGUAGAGCCGCGAAUCAUUUCUGUGUUGUUGAGCAACUGUUUGAAAGUGUUAAAUGCUUUGUAUGAUUUAGUCUUUUGAUUGAACAUUUUCUUCAGAGAGCUAAAAUACCUAGGAGGUUAUGAAUGUCAUCAUAAAGCCAUCAAAAAUAUUGUAUCCCUAUUCUGUUGGGGCCUCUAGCAAAGGCUUUCUAAUCCUGUUUUAUUGCAUUUAUUGAAAAUCUGGUCUUUUGCCCCAGUUGUGUAACAAUAAAAUAUUAAAUUUAUUCCCCAAGAGAUAGUCAGUUUUCUACUAAAAAUUUAUCUUUUUGUAAGUAAUCUUCUGUUUAGGAUAUCACCCAGUGGUCUUUAAUUAUUUAUGGUCACAUGUUGCACAAAGUUAACACCAUUUGUCAUUUAAAAAAACAUAACCUGAUUGCUAGUUGAGACUUGCUUUAUUAUGAGAAGGAAAUAGUUGUGCAUCUGAAUUUUUUUGUAGGAAGAAAUACAAAGACCAUUACAUGGCAUUUUGUCCUCAAACAUAGAAAUGUGUAUUGCAUAAGUACUGAAAAUGGGUCAGUUUGGGCCUAGUUGAUGAAAUCAGUGACAGGGAUGAGGCCACCGGUCACUGGCCAGGUACUGGCGUCCUUCUUUCACGCCUGUUCUGAGCCGCCCUCUCAAGUGCACCGGCCUGGCCAGGCUCUGCCUUCCCAGUGAUGAGAGGCAAAGUGGCUCCUAGACGCGGUCAGCUGCGCCUCCCCCAGUAACAUUCAUUGUCAAACACUUGUUUUAGAGUUACUCUAUCCAUUUGAUGCUUUUUUUUUUAGAAAAUGUACAAUCACUUAUAGGAGCUUUAUAUUGCUGAGUUUUUUCAAUAAAGGAAAACUAUAGCCGUAAUACAGCGACACAGCAUGUCAGAUUAUGUUCCUGUUCUGUUGUAAAUGGAGCUCUUUCCAUGUAGCAGGGGGCCUUGGUGCACUUGGCUCACUGUUCAUCCCGUUUCAGCAUCUUUCUCAUCACCUUUAAUGGCUGUAUAAUGUUUUAUCAAUUGGACAUUUCCUAAUUUAUUUUACAGUUCUAUUACUGAAUAUUACAUUUGUUUCUAAUUGUUUAUUAUAAUAAUGCUGUAAUGAGCACCCCACAUAGGUUUUACUUUUGACUGGAAUGUUUUUUCUAAAUAGGUUUAUUCUUAAACCUAUUUAGUAACAGGAUGUUUUCCCAAGUUUAUUUUUUAUCUUUUCCCUACUUUAUUUUCCUUUUCUUUAAAUGGAAAAAUGGAGUAACUUCGCAAUUUCAAUAUUGAAGACUGAAGUUUAAAAAAUAAUUAAAUUCAAAGCACUUUUCUUUUAGAAUUCAAUUAGAAAAGCAUUGAGGCCUUCUGAAUUGUCAGGAGUAUUGAUGAGACUGAUGAUAACUGUGUGUGAGUGUGUGUGUGUGUGUGUGUGUGUGUGUGUGUGUGUGUGUGUGUUUAUGCUUAUGGAUUGAAAACACUUGAGAGACUUAUUAUCUUUAUAUACCAUAGUAAAAUGACUUUCCUGGAGGGCAAAUGGGAGUCAUUUGAUUACUGCUUACAUAUAUGAUAUAUAUGCUUAUAUAUUUAUACAUAAGGCAUUGAACUCUUGAAACUGACCUUCUAGAAAAGUAGGACCUUUUGAAAGAUGGGCUUUAAAAUACAAGUAGUCUGCUAGAUCAUGGUUUGUAUGGAACUGAGAUGUGCAUAGACCACUGAUUUAUAUAAAACUUUUUGACUGUUAUUAAGCAUUAAGACUGCAAAAAAAAAAAUUCAAUGUUGAAAUUUCUAUGGGGCUCCAUUUUUGCUUUGGCUUUAUGUCGAGGGAAUGAGGGAAAGCACACUGUCCUCACUAACGUUUUGCUUUUUCCUCCCUAUCGGAUAAAUUUUAAGAGUCUAAGAUAAUUUACAGAUUUUAAUCAUCCAGUGGAAAAUGAGACCAAGAUUCUGUUUAGCCCUGUGUUUCAUAGUAGAAAAGAAACAGAAAAGGUGGAAUAGCCGUUUCUUUUGAAAAGAACAAGUGUUGUUCAUCCAGGAAGGCUAUUUGUGACUGAAUCAGCAGUGCCUGCUCUAGUCUAGAUGUGCUUCACAAACCUUAGCACGAUUUGCGCUGCAGGGGAACAGGACACAAAACAAACACGAUCUGUGAAAUAGUAUCUGUUGCUUGAACCAUUGUGUAAUAAUUAAACUUUAAUGUUGAGAAAUUACAACUUUAUUACACCUCAAAUUCAGGAUCUUAAAAUGAGAUUUGAAUUUCUGUUGGGUACCUUUAAAAAAGUAACAUCAAAAUCAUAAAAUUAAGAUUGAUAUGUGUUGUUAGUCAUAUCUAAAACUAGGUAUAAACAAAUUUUAUUUCCUAAAUUUCAGGGGUACUAUUGUUUGGGAAACAUAUUACAUAACUUUCAUAAAUCAUUGUCACUCAUCUAUUCAUACCCUAAUGAUCCAGCAAGCUAAUGUCCUGUCUUCUAAGAUACGCACAGUACAUAAUAAAAAUCCAAUAAGGUCCUGGAUAGUUUUCACUUGAUUAUUCAUUAAAGAAACAUUUAUUUUCCUAUUGUAA